AUUAGAAAUAAUUAGGGAAAAAAUUAAGAAAGAAAGAAAGAAUAAUUGCAUUGACUUUUCUUUUUGGUUCGUGUUUUCCAAAGUCAAAUAAUUUUGCCUGAAAGUGUUCAAAAUGAUUCACUUCAAAUCUACCAACAAAUUUGGUCGCCGCUUUCCCUUCUCCUACCCCGAAAAACCCGUCUCUUCGCCGCUCAUCAUCAACCAUGGACUCUCAAUUCCCCGCCGGCGGGACAACCCCAAGGCGUCAGCUACAAAUCCAAGGUCCACGCCCAACCCCACUCAAAGUCUGCAAAGACUCCCAUAAAAUCAAAAAGCCGCCUCACCCACCACCCCACGCUGCCGCUGCUUCCAUCCCACCACCCGUUGCUGCAGAUCAACGCCGUCGGGAGCCGGUUAUCAUCUACGCGGUCUCCCCCAAAGUCAUCCACGCCAAAGAAUCCGAGUUCAUGUCCGUCGUCCAACGCUACACAGGACUUUCAUCCGGCAACUUCUCUGGCGAUGGUGACGUAUCCCCGGCGGCAAGGUUGGCAGUGACCGAAAAAGCGAGUCCGAGCCCGAGAGAGAAAAUAGUGGACUCGGGAUUUAUGGGAGAAGGUGGGAUGGAAGAGGCUCUGAUUCGGACACCGACAGGGAUACUUUCGCCUGCACCGGAGACGUUGCCGGCAGUGGCGGCGGGGACCUUCUUUACGCCUGCUUCGGAAGCGAGAAUGAUGUCGCCGUGGCAUGAGUGGAGCCCGAUGUUACAGGGAAGUGCGUUCAUGCCAAGCCCUUCUGCAUUGCUUUCAGGGCCUUUAAUUUCUUCUCCAAAUUCCGAUUAUUUUGCUCAAAUUUGGAACUUUUAGCCAUUCUUUUUUAAUAUCUACAUCAAAUUUUGGCUCAGCAAAUUUGGAGAUUCCAUUAUUAGAUUCAGGGGCUUCUUAAAUUGUAAUAAUGUUGUUAAUAAUGUCUUAAUGUACUAACUUUUUUUUUCAUACAUAGCAUUAUAAAAAGACGAAGAGUUAGAAAAAUUAGUAUAGGAUGGUAAAUUUGUUUUGCAAGAGAUUUUGUGUCUUUUAAUUGUAAUUUUAUUUUAGUGGUAUUUGGAUUUGAGUUUUAAUUGUAAAAUUUGGUAGUUUGUUGGAUAAUGGAGACUGAUUUUUCA